GUUGGCAACAGUGAUUACUGUGUGUUGUAGAGGUUUUAAACUUAGGCUACUGUGAAUUAAAACAUUCAACUUUAAUAGCAACAAAUUAGGCCUUCUGAAAUGUUCUUGGCUUUUACACCUGAUGAUUACAAGAUGUAGAUGAACUGGAUUACAGUCAGAAAAAAAGGGGCCCAGAAUCGAGUGUGUCUCCUGCAGUUAUUUCUACCACAACCCACGUAGCUGACUUAGAACCUAUCAGACUGUUUCUAUUUUAAUAGUAUCAAGCCACAAGAACUGGAAAUGACAAGUAGGGAUAGAACAGCAGAAUUUAUUUCCACUGUCAAAUUAAUGCAAGGCAGAGUGGGUAAUGGAUACAUUCAGCCUCAGCAAAACAAACAACCAAGGGACCUACAGGAGUGGAAAAAUUUCAUGAAAGUUGCAAAACAGAUUGGAAAAGACAUUAGCAACACCUUUACAAAGCUGGAAAAACUAACAUUAUUGGCCAAGAGGAAGUCUUUGUUUGAUGAUAAACCUGUGGAAAUUCAGGAACUGACAUAUAUAAUUAAACAAGACAUAAACAGUUUAAACAAACAAAUAGCACACUUACAAGAGUUAUCGAAAGCAAGAAAUUAUAGGAAUGGAAAGCACAUGCAAUCACAUUCAAACUCUGUUGUUGUUACAUUACAGUCAAAACUAGCUUCAAUGUCAAAUAACUUCAAACAAGUUUUAGAAGUUCGAACAGAGAAUUUAAAGCACCAAAAGAAUCGAAGAGAACAGUUUACUCAAGGAACUGUUGCAGCUACUCUUCCGCCAUCUGCUAUUGCAGGUCACACAGGUUCAAUUCUGUUGGCAGAUGAAAGAGCAAGCUCCACAAAUGCUGAGGUUGCUAUAAAUAUGGACCACUCAAAAAAUUACUAUCAACAACAGAUGGAGCUGAUUGAUGAACAGGAUGCCUACAUCCAGAGUAGAGCUGAUACAAUGCAAAACAUAGAGUCUACCAUUGUUGAAUUGGGUUCUAUAUUCCAGCAGUUAGCCCAGAUGGUUAAAGAACAAGAGGAAAUGGUUCAAAGAAUUGAUACAAAUGUUGAAGAUACCCAACUGAAUGUUGAGGCAGCCCACUCAGAGAUACUGAAGUACUUCCAGUCCGUCACAUCAAAUCGUUGGUUAAUGAUCAAAAUAUUUGCAGUUUUGAUCUUUUUUUUCAUCGUAUUUGUUGUGUUUAUAGCAUAGUGAGAACAUGAUCUGAAUCAGUACUGUAAUCAACACCAGCAAAAUUAUCUUGAUGUUUUGUUUUGCUGAGAGGUUUCCAUAAUUUCUAUCUUUGUUUUUAGUCCUGAAAUGGGGAAGCACUUAAUCAAUGUGAAUAAUAGGAAUUUGGAGUGAGAGGAACAGUUUCUGUACAGUGAUACGAUACUUUCCUUACAG